AUGAUUACUGCUGCCUGGCAGUAUGCUGCUGCUCACAAUCUGUUGCGGGUUAACAAGAUCCACAAGGAGGAAGAAGCUCGUUUGGUACUCAACGAGACCUUCCAGAUGAUCGACGAGACGGGAUCCCAGAUCACAAUGGAGGGCAGCUUUGAGGUUGAGGAUGAGAGUGGCUUCCUUCUGGAGUCUGACAUGCCGGAAGUCGGAGCCUCCACGGAAGCGAUUCUUCGCAAAGGUGUGAAUGCAUCCUCAGAUGCCGGUGGUCAUGAGAUUGCUGGCCAAGCAGCCAGCUUCAAGCUACGCCAGCAGAUGAGUUUGAUCCUGCAGACUAUGCAGAAGAACUACAAGGACCUCACCUCCAUGCAAGCGGAGGCUAUCACAAGCAUUCCCAACCAGCCCUUCAAUGACAAGCUGCUGAAGCUCUUUGCCGAGAUUACCAAGCAAGAUGUGGUUAUGGGCAACUACGUCACCCGAAGCAAGACUCUAGAUCAC